CCCUACAGCUAUCGAAGUAGUGACUAAAGCUUGCUUAGAUAAAGACGAGACCACACUAAGGUGUACGAGGAUGGUCAUAGGCAACGGAUUAAUUUUUGCUCCAGUAAACAUUUGGCACCGUCGUCGCAAAAUUAUGGCACCUUUCUUUAACCUAAAGAACCUGCACCACAUAGUACCUUUGUUCAACGAAAAGAGUUCCAUUAUGGUCGAUCUGAUGCGCGCCGAAGUCGGAGCCGGAGAAUUCCCUAUCUGGAAAUACAUGACGACCUACUCUUUUGACACGGUUUGCGAAACCGCAGGGGGGCAUAAAAUGAAUUCUCAAGAGAACCCAGCCGACCGCAUCUUUCUCGACUCGAUAAACGAAGUAGCAGAAAUGGUGACGAAGCGCGUGCUACUACCGUGGCUUCACUCCGACUUCAUCUACAAGAAACUGCCUGAGUACAAGAAGUUUUUAUUUCAUAAGCAUCGGGCUUAUGAUUAUAUAGAUGAGAUUAUACAAGAGAAACGCAAGCAAUUUGCAACUGACGGGUUAAAAUACAAAAACAACAAUAGCAACGGUUUGAUAAAUUUUCUUGAGACGAUAAUACAAACUUCCGGUGGACUGGAGAAAGGAUAUUCGGACAUAGAAAUUCGCGAAGAGAUCAUCGUCAUGGCCGUAGCCGGGAAUGAUACGUCUGCCGUGGGCGCUUCGUUUACCGCCGUCUUGCUGUCCCGAUAUCCUGAUGUGCAAGCCAAAGUGCACCAAGAACUGCAAGAAGUAUUCGGAGACUCUGACCGUGCGGUGACUCCAGAAGACUUGCCCCGGCUGAAGUACCUGGAGGCUGUUAUCAAGGAGAGCUUGCGCCUGUACCCACCGGUGCCGAUAGUGGCGAGGGAAGUCCGUAACGAUGUUGCGCUACCAUCAGGCAUAACCUUGGUAGACGGGACGUCCAUCCUGAUCCACAUCUGGGGCACGCACCGCGACCCGUCGUACUGGGGCGCGGACGCCGAGCUGUUCCGUCCGGAGCGGUUCCUUGAGGGCCCGCUGCGGCACCCUGCGAUGUUCAUACCCUUCAGCUACUCUAUCAGGGGAUGCAUUGGUGCUACCUACGCGAUGCUGUCCGCCAAGACGGCGCUGGCCAAUCUGCUCCGACGCUACCGGCUGCUGCCACCGGCCGGCGCACGCGCAGAGGACCUGACGCGCCCGCUGCCCGUCAAGUACAACAUCAUGAUGAAGGCCUCGGAUGACUUCCUUAUAAGAGUCGAAGAGAGGAAAAAAUAGAAUAUGAACGUUUUACAGUUUUUACCAGAGUUCACGAGGAGCCGAUAUCGCACGCACAGUAUCUCUACCUACUCAGUUACCGGAUUCGAGCCAUGUACGAUUCACAAACAUCAACUGGAAUGUACCCUGGCUAGCCACGGAAAAUGUCAACGAUUUCAAGAGCAAACUAAGUAAACUAACUAGACAAGUUUCGGUUUGCUAGCUGUCUACUCUCUGUCUAUCAGACUCGAGUUCCGAAUGUGUUCAUGUCGCUCGUAAACACGAGGAAAUUGAGUCACUGCGCCUUUUCCUCUGCCUUUCUUGCAACUCUUUUAUACAUAUGUAUAAGAUGUAAGCUUUUAUUCAAGUUAUAUUAAUGUUUUAUUUAAGUGAAACGGUAAUUUUGGUCGGACCAGCUUUAAAAUCUGCAAAAGUUUUUCAAGUUACAAGUAAUAUUAACCAGUUCUCGAUGUCCGAUUGAGUCUAUAUUUUAUCUAAUCUCAUAAGUAUGUAGGUAGAAGUAGGUAGGUACAGAAUUAUACCUAUAGAUGGCAGAUGCGCGUUUUGUUAACAACGACAAUGUAAAAUAACUCAUCCCGUCUUUACUCAACAAUCUUUAAAAAAAAUUGAGCUCAAUGUGGGACUAGGUCUAUGUGUGUUGUGAGCAUAUAUAUUUAAAAAAAAUUCUCAGUUCAACCACCUUAAAAAAUAUCUGUUUCGCCCUAUGGGACUGAUAGAGAAUGCAUUAAUACCUCAAGUCCGCCAUUUGUACUUAUUUUUAUUUUGGAAUAAAGUUUUAAUAAAU